AUGAGCAGUGACCAGGAGACGGAGCGCGCGCCCUGGAAGGAUGACCUGCGCCUUGCCCUGGCGGCCUCGGAGGACACCGACAUCCUGAGCAUCCCCGCCGAGAACUUUGGCGACUACCUGGCUUCCCGGCGGAGGGCCGGAAAGGACGAGGCGGCACAGUCUGGGGGCCCUCCCCCACUGCUGCGGGAGGGCGAUGACGACAUCUCCUGGAUGAAUGCUCUGCACUCUGCGAUGGCAGAGGCCGGGUAUCACGCCGGCGAGGACGACGAGGAGGAGUGGUACUUUGGCUCCGGCACCACCAGCGCCCUGCUGACGCUCCAGGCGUGCGAGGGUCUGGAGGAGACGGGCGUGGCGGACGAACCCACCUGGCGCUUCCUGCUGGGCGAUGCUUACGACGCGAUGGUGAACGCCUCAGCGCAGGGCAAGGCUGGGCCCCAGUCGGGCGGCGUCGGCCCUGGCGCCGACGCCGGCGACGCAGAACCCGAGCUCUUUCUUGAGGCGGCGGAGCUGGGCAUCGAUGCCUGGAUCCUGGAGGAGGACGGCCCCCCUCCCCCCGGCACCCCCCCGCCCGGCCGGGAGAGGGGUGGCGGGGGCGACGGCGAGCGGUGGCCCAUCCUGAACGAGGGGGACGGCGGACGAGAGGUGAAGGCCAUGCAGAUCGCGCUGGACGGCGCCGGUUUCUUCCCCGGCACUGACGACAUGCGGUGGUGGCAGUUUGGCAGCUCCUCCAUGCGUGCCCUGGCUACUUUCCAGGCGUGCAAUGGCCUGCCCGAGAGCGGCGUGUGCGACGGAGCGACCUGGCGCAAGCUGCUGGGGGAGGGGUCGACCCCUGCUGACAUCGCCAUCCUGGCUGAGCAGCACGCGGAGGGUGCAGAGGACGAGGACGAUCUGGCAGGGGGCCAGGGCGUGUGGCUGCUUGGGGAACAGCGCUGGGAGAGGCCAGGCAGGCUGACCAAGGAUUGA